AGCUUUUCACAUUGUCAUUAUAGGAUAUUGUGUAUAGAAUUUUGAGGACAAAAAUAAGUUUAUUCCAUUUUAGAAUAAGGCUGUAACAUAACACAAUGUGGAGAAAGUGAAGCGCUGUGAAUACUUCAUGGCUGCACUGUACUUACCUGAGUACAGUGCUUGUCCGUGUGCUAAUGUGAGUGUUCUGACUGUACUUAUUCCCCCCAUGCAGAACACACUCCAGCAGGUCCAACUGGUCAGACCAGAGACGGCAGGAGGGGGCGUGUCCGUAGGAGGCGUCUCCGUGUGCCACAAUAAGGAAACAAGACAGGGGAGCGAUCCUUGGAAGUCGAAAGGAAGGCCACUUCCACAGAAACAGCUCAGCAGCAGAGGCGGUUUUAUCGUUUUUGUCGUUAUGAAUCUGCUUGUGCUGCCCCACCUUGGGACUGCUGGAACCUCAUUGGUGAUGUGAGACCUCUUCAUCAGUUGUUUUGGGAAAGACUUGACUCAGCGCAGUCCGACAUGAGCGAUGAUCGCGAGAGACGCGGUCCCCACCGGAACCAGAGCCGUGAUGCCAGGCCGCCCGCCAACGUCAAGCCCCGAAUGGGCAGCAAGGAGAACCGGAGGCCGCAACCUGCCCGGAUCAGAAGGUCCAGGAGCAAUGACUCAGACAGCGGGGAGAGAGGACGCAGGACGCAGCGGCACCGGGAGGAGGGAACUCGACGUGGGAGGAGCACCGAGGCCGUGAGACGGGUGAGGAGGGACGAUGACGCCGACCACCACCGGAGGGCGAGCGCGCCGGACAACGACGUGGAGGAAACGGAGUGCGCCAUCUGCUUCUGCUCUUACGAUAACAUCUUCAAGACGCCCAAGCUGCUGGCCUGCGGUCACACCUUCUGCCUGGAGUGCCUCGCACGCAUCAACGUCACCUCCCACGAGGUCAAGACUCUGUCCUGCCCCGUGUGCCGUGAGGUGACUGAGAUCCCCCACGGCCAGGACCUGCCCCGGCUGGGCAACAACGACGAAAUCAUCGGUCGGCUUCCGCCAGAAAUGCAGAGGGCCAGGUCCAUCCGCUUCAAGCGCAGCAAGGGCAAGCUCUUCCUGAAGAACGCCCCCGCCACGCACGGCGUCCUCACGCUGCCUCACAAGAGCCAGGAGGCCCAGGCCACCCCCACCGGUGACCUCCGCCUCGCAACCUUGGAGGAAGGCACGGAGCCCGCCACCGUGGUGGACGUGGGCCGGCCCCCCAAUAGGGUCAGAGGUCGCAUGCGCAGGUUUUUCCGCUCCAGCCGGUGCUACUACGCCACGGUGGGGAUCGUCGUCACCAUCGCCGUGGUGUUCCUGCUGGUGGGGGUCCUGGCCUUUAUUAUCAUCCCCAACGUGGGCCGCAGGCCUGGACGACCCGGGAACCAGACAGAGCAGUCGGGGAGGGCUUUCACUCCAAGGGGUCUGACCACAACCUGGGUCGGGCGGGCUGCCGGGACCCCUCACUGACCUCUCUCCGCAAAGUACUGUGUAAACCCCCCUGAAGAAAUGAAGCAGCGGACAUUUUCUAAUGAAGAAAAACUGCAAAUUGCAUCAAGUCAAACUGUGAACGCCAUGGACUCCCCAACACCUAGGAUUUAUUGUAUAUUAUCUGUAAAUAUAUCAUCACAAAGCCAAAGUAUUUACUGGAAAGUAAACUUGCAGUAUAACUGGAAUGUUCAGAACAACUUUCAUGUCACUUUAUUGAGCAACACUACAUUACAUGACAGGUGGCCAUGGCGUUUUUAACCUGCUUGCCAACUACUCAGCCAGUGGUUCUCAAACUCUCUUCUUCAAGUACCACCAUAUAGUGAUGUGUGGACCAAUACUGAAAUAUCGAUACCACCAAUACUAGAUCUUAAUGCUCUAACAUCAAUCCUUCAAUCAGAAUGUCAAUAUUUUUGAUACUUUAGUUUAAGGUGUCCAAACUUUUUCCACCAAAGGCCGCAUACUGAAAAGUCAAACUACGCAAACUACUUGCUAUUUUUUUUAUUUAAAAAAAAAAAAAUAAUACUGGUAUUGUAUCAGCUUUGUAUUAUAAGUGCCAAAGUAUAUUAUUAAUAGUUAUUAAUAGAAACAUUUCAGCUUUUUCAUAUUGCAUUCUGAUCUUUUUUUUUUUUUUUUAACUUUUUUUUCCCCCUAUGUAAGAAUAGAAUAAAAAUAAUAAUACAGUUGUGUAACUGCAUAACUUAGUGUGUCAAAAAUCCUGCCUGUACAAAAUAUUCAUGUUCAGUUACACAUUUAACAGUGUUUAUUGUGGUUGUUAUAAUUUUUUUAAUUAAUUUAUAAGUUAAUAUUGUUUAAUUUUUUAAUUACCUAACUAAACUUUGUUUAAAUUUUAGGUAUACUUUAUUUUUUUUAUUAACAGUUUCUGUAAUUUAGUUAAGAGGUGUCUAAACUUUUGAAGGGGCACUUUUUAAAUAUUUGUUAUUUUUUUAAGAGUGCUUAAAACGAUAU